CCAAGCCAAACACGUGCACCCCAUCCAACCACGAGAACACACAAGCGAGCGAGACAAUGUGGCAACCUGUGACCUCACUGUCGUGUGGCCCGAAGGAAGGCUUUGCGCGUGCCUGCGGCGUGUUCACGGAGCAGCUGCACGUGGUGAACCGAAGGCUGAUCGCAUGCGAGCGCACAGCUAGCCAUGCCGGGCUGAGUGUGGCGGAUGCACUGCACACGCUGCUCAACCACUGGCGCAGCGCUCGCAUCACUGGCGCGGAUGAUGGCAGUGAAGAUGCCGGCCACCACCGUGGCAGUGAGGAGGAGGCGGACGAGGGCGCAGCGCACGCACCGAAGCGCGCUCACCUGGCGUCGUCGGCUGAUCGGGCUGAUGGUGCUCUCGCAGGUGUUGAGCCGCAUCUUCCCCGUGAUAUCCUGGCAAGUGCAGCUGCAACAUCGUCAUCCAGCGGCCCGCUGGUUCAUAUCACCGUGCGUCGUCUCAUCUCGCGCAUGCCCCAGGCCUUUCCCCACGCCCUCGACGCUGUUGUCACCACCGAUGACGGCUGCACCAUCACCGUUAUCCCUAUCACCGCCUUUUCCUCCUACACGCCGUGCUAUCGCCUGUCGUGGCGUGGGGAUGACGAUCAAACAGCCGACAGUUCCGGUGCCGCCACCAUGACCCUGUCGUGCUGGGUCGAUCCCAACACGGGCCUGCCUGUGGAUCCGUUUGCGCAACCCACGCCUACCGCCGACGCCAGCGACUCCAGCACCAACGCUAGCGACACCACCAGCAAGGGCGAGGAUACAGCCGACAUGGCGGCGUCCUGGCCAACAGUGCGGUGGCUGCGCGACCGACUGCUGCCAAAGGUGGUAGAGUGGAGCAUAUCCAGUGGCGAGGGCCCGCUCGCAAAGUGGCGCGCAUCUGAGGACACGCGGCCGUUCACCCUCACCCAGUACGCAGACAAGUACCAGGACCUCAAGGCCAAGUACGCCGAAACCCUCGUCAAGGAGUGGCCCGAGAGCACCGACCCCCAGAAGUUUGUGUUUGAGGAGCUGGGCAUCGCCGCAUAUCUGUGCUUGCUUUUCGAGCACACCCCAUCACCACAAUCCUCAUCCUUAUCCUCAUCCUCAUCCUCAUCCUCACCACCAUCCUCAUCCUCAUCGUCGCCGUCGUCGUCGUUGUUCCCGCUCAAGUUUGCUGACCUUGGCUGCGGUAACGGCCUCCUCACCUAUGUCCUCAAUCAGGAAGGAUACAAAGGGAUUGGCAUUGACCUGCGUCGCCGCCGCAUCUGGGACUGGUAUCGCCCAAAGCCAGAGCUCAUCGAGGCUCCCGUCAACCCGCAGCUGGGCUGCACAUUCCCGCAGUGCGAAUGGCUGAUUGGCAAUCACAGCGACGAGCUCACGCCCUGGCUCCCCAUCAUGGCCACGCUUGCGUCGCCGCACCAGCGCAUGUGGGUGCUGCCCUGCUGUCCUUUUGAGCUAAACGCAAUUAAGCACACCGCGGCGCCCGGCACCGCCAGUCAAUAUGACUCCUAUCUUGCGUAUGUGCGCGGUCUCGUUGAGACGCUCGGCUUUGACGUCACAACGGAUGUUCUUCGCAUCCCAUCAACAAAGCGCGUCUGCUUGAUUGGAUCACGCGCAGCUGAUAUCGAUGACAGCACUCACUACCGGCACCGCAACGCUGCCGUCGAUCUUCUCAUGGACCACAGGCAGUUCACUCCCCGACCAAAAAAACAAGUGACCCGCAACUGCACGAAGCUCCCGCGCCCGUUCCUCCACGAGUGUGUGCUGUUGGUUGUGCAGCGUCUCAUUGGCAGCGGCAACGGUGGUGACAUCCGUGGUGGUGAUGAUGGUGCCGGCGGUCGCGAGUGCUUGGACGGCACCUGGCGGCGUGGUGGCGAACUGCACCUGAAAGAUGUUGCGUCAUUGCUUGGGCGUGAACGCCUUAAGCGUCUCAAGUCCGAGUGCGGCGGUGUUAAGACCCUUCUCAAGAACCACCACCAAGUGUUCAUAGUGGUGGGUGGGACGGUGCGCAUUCGAGAUUGGACGGCCCCGGAUGAGAAACCGCCGCGCGUCUGCAAAACCCGCAUGUGCUGGUUCUUUGAACACCACCCAGAUGGCUGUCCCCGACCGGCGGAGAAAUGCCCAUUCAAGCACGGCGACACCGACACCAAAGACAACUACACCGCCACCCACGCCACCACCGCUGCCACUGCGCAAUAGCAUCUGCUCUGUGGCUAGUGAGAAUGGCGUGUUGGCGUGUUGGCGUGAACACACAUUCAACACACAUUAAACACACACACACACACAUUGAAUGUAAUGUAACACGGAAUGAAAGUAGAAGAAGCAACACCGGG